CAGAAAAACUAUGAAUCAAGGAAAGGAAUGAUCUUGAAAGAGCAGCAUAUGCAAUCCUGAUGCAUAAACAUGACCGGUGUUGAAGAAACAUCUGCAUCUCAGACGGAUGCGUCGAAUGCGGCCAGUGGAAGUAGGAGCACAUCUGACAGCCUAUCCAGAAGCACUGCCUUCAAGGAAGAACAGCAGAAUGUAUACAACGAAGUCCAAGGGACGGAGCUUUUUGACACGUAUGACGACUUUGAGUCCUCUGACCCCGAAGACAUCCAAGCGACGAUUUCACGAGAGUCUCCUUCCCCCUGCUCAAAAGGAAGGAAACGAUGCUCAGCUAAGCACAGAAAGAGCAGGAGUCGUCACAAGAAACGACUUGUUUCAAGAACAGUGGAGUCCUGCAGCGAACCAUCUUCACCACCUUAUGUGCGUCCACUCAUCACAGCAUCAAUGCCGACUGUGCCCGCCAGCUCUCCAUCCGAGCAGUGGCUUUUGCAUUACAAGAGGCUCAAGAAGGCAAAGUUCAAAUGCACGCUGCUACUGGGCCACAAUGACACUGUGCGCUCAGUCGCCGUCGACCAGAAUCUCGUUCACAUUUCUUUCAGCGACGACACCACGCUAAGAGUGUGGAGCGUGCAAGCCGGCAGAGAACUCUGCAGUCUGCGUGGACACACAGCAUCUGUCAAUGCCGUCCUCCUCCUGUCCUCUGAACAGACAGAGUCGCUGUGCUACCGAAUGGGACGUCCACCAACAUAUCGGCUGGCUGUUAGUGGUUCCUCCGACGCCUGCCUCAAUAUGUGGCUUGCUCUUGAAGGGAAGCUGCUCAAAUCGAUGUACACCUACAAUGCCAUUACAGCUCUUGCAGUAAUCACCGACGACUGCCACAUUGUAGUCGGCACAGAAGGCGGCAAGCUGGAAGUGUGGGACAUGGCAAAAGGGGCUCCUCUUAGUUCUGUCAUAGGUCAUGACGGUGUAAUUGUGUCCAUACAGGUCGACUGGACGGACACCGUUUUCUCGGCCUCCUCCGACGGAAGCCUGAAGGUGUGGCAGUGGCUGUCGAACGAGCUGUGCGCAGUACAAGUGCAUGAUGCCGUCGCAGCUGAAAGCUGCCACGUACACUGUGUGGCAGUGGAUGGCUCCAAGAUAUUUAUGGGCAGGGACAGUGCCAACGUUAAAGUCAUAGACUGGGCCACAGGGAGGGUUGACUACCUGAAAAACCACCCUCAUGACCAUGGGUUUGCAAAAGCAGUUUAUGUCAAGGACAGCCUUCUCCUGUCAACAUCGUAUGACAGGUAUACUGGAAACAGCACAGUGAACAUGCGGACCCUUCCUGGCGGUGCCUAUGUUGGCACGCUGAAGUGUAGCGGGCAGGGCAAAGUCAUCGCCCUAGCAUUUGACAUCGUGGAGAGGAAAAUUCUGAGAAUCGUGACGGGAGGCACAGCGCUUGCUGUCUGGGACUGGGCACCUCACGAAAAUAAUGGCGAAUUUCCCGUACUGUUCCUCGAGGCAUUGGCAGAGCAUCCUCAGGAGGAUGAAAAUGAGUCGAACAAAAGCAGCCACAGCCCAGAAAGACAACUGAUGCUGUAUCAAGAGAACACUCAGGCUGCUGAUGCAAGCUGGUGUAACAUAAUGUGAUCCUUUUUUUUCCAUUUCGGUCUCAAAAGAGGUACAGUACUCGCAUAUUGAAAUGCAACGUCGUUUUUCUUUGUAGUAUAACAACUGCUAUGAGCAAUUGCUCGCGAUAACCGCGUUACGUUGCUGCGAACCCGGCUGCGAAUGUAGGCUCUGAUGUAAGUGUUCAAGUCAAAGUUACACCAAUAUGACACGAACUGUAGAUGCUGCAAAUGAAACUAUGUGUGUUACGUAGCCCUAAAUUUUCAUGUUUCAAUCCGCAAGUACUGUACAUGUUGUGAAGUAGCCGCAUUGUUAUUUGUGUGCUAAUGGCCUAGAGCUAACCUAGGUAGUUGCGUGCGCUAUACCGCUCAGCAGCUUCAGCAGUGUGUUCAUCUAUGUCGUAAGUGAGCCGCAAGUCUUCAGCACGACUCCUUUAGCUCAAUUCCUGCCAGAUCAAAGAUCUGCAUUUUUUUUUAGUCGUGCGUCUACCCAGUGAUCAAUGAACUAACCUUGUCCAUAAGCAUUUUUACACUGUUUUUACCUUGCGCUUUCACUCAGCCACAUGUAUGAUAGUAUUUUUGGACAAUAAACACAAUUACACCAGUGUCUCGUUUCAGUGUCUCGUUUU